AUGUUAGUGUAUUGUUUAUGCUUCAAAAUUGGUAUCACUUUUACUGACUACUUGACUCAAAACUAUAUCAUGUCACAAAUGAAAUUAAUAAUAGUCGCCUUAUUAUCAUUGGUGCUUUUCCAAGGAGUAAAGACAGAGGAAAAUGAAGAUGACAUUAACACCACUGGAUGCCGGCUCAGUGGUCUAGUUGGUCAAGAGCCUGGCGCGAGACUGAUAGGUCCUGGGUUCGAAUCUCGCGAGUUGCGGGAUCAUGGAUGCGCGCUGCUGAGGGGUCUCAUACUAGGACGAAACGGCCGUCCAAUGCUUCCAGAAAUCAUAGAAUACGUUAGAAUUCGAAACAUAGACGAUCCAGAAGACUUGUCAACCUGUGUAGAUAACAGCAAAAACAAAAAUAAAGAUGGAAAAAACAAGGAAAAACAAACAACACAUGAUAAUGGUUCGUCCAAAAAACAGUGCUAA